AAUUUUAGUGACUUACUUUACUUAUGUACACUCUUGUUUAGUACAAAUUUCUCCAGACUUCAGUUAUUGGCACAUAAUUUUGCAGCCAAUGCACUCCCAAAUCUUCAGGAAACAGCACUUGGGAAAUUUUUGACCAAAAAUAAUUCAUUACAAGCUAGCUUGGCAGGAAGAGAGAAUGAUGUGCUGAAGGGUAUCCAUUGAGGAUACAGCAGGUCAGAUCCUAUAAAAGAUGGAUGCUGCCUACCACCCAGACACUGUUUUGAAUAUAGAGCUGCAAUCAGAAGCAAAAGCCAUACUCAAAGUAUGUAACAGAGAUCAUUUAAUUAAUUGCAUCAGGGUUUUUUUUUCUAAGACAACCUUUUAAUAGCUAUUUUGAAUGAUUUCUGGAAAAUUAUUAAUGUAUAAAUGUUAUAGUGCAUGUUGGUAGUAUAUUCUCAUAUCAAUAUCUCAAAGCUCUAAUCGGUGCUUUUGCCUUUGAGGUUUGUAAUUUAUGUCUUUGCUCUGAUAAAAUUGAAUUUGUUACUGAAACUAUGAUCACCAAUGUUACAAGGAUGAAAAGCUUCUUCAUCCUCGGAUUUCCUGGACUUUCACCACAGUAUUAUGGAACCAUAUCAACUUUUCUUUUAUUUGUUUACCUAGCCAUUGCAGUGGGGAACAUUUUCAUUUUAUCAUUUGUUGCCUAUGAAAAGUCCCUGCAAAAGCCAACAUAUCUGGUCUUUUGUCACCUGGCCCUGAACGACUUAACAUUUGGCACUGUGACACUGCCAAAAAUUAUGUCAAAAUAUUGGUUUGACAAUAGUUUUAUUUCAUUUUAUGGCUGUUUUACGCAAAUGUUCUUUGUUCAUUAUUUGGGAUCGGUAACAUCUUUCAUCUUGCUGGUAAUGGCUCUUGAUAGAUUUGUUGCAAUAUGUAUUCCUCUUCGUUACCCUGUUCUAAUUACAAACAAUGUCAUAUCUGUGUUGUGUGGGUUUGCUUGGUUCAUACCUCUGCCUUUGAUGAUAGCUGUUGUACUCCAUGCCCUAACUUUGCCUUUCUGUAAAUCAAACAUCAUUGUUCAGUGCUACUGUGACCACAUAUCCAUAAUAAGCCAGGCAUGUGGAGACGAUGUUAGAAUUGUUGUAGUCACUUCACUCUGUUUAGCCAUGUUUUGUCUUUUGCUUCCUCUUGCAUUCAUUUUGUUUUCCUACAUUUCUAUUAUUGUGGUUAUUAUGAAAAUGUCCAGUUCUGCAGGGCGCAAAAGAACCUUAUCCACUUGUACUUCACAAAUAUUCAUCACAUGUCUUUUUUAUCUACCCAGAUGUUUUGUUUAUGUGGCUAAUGCUGUUGGAUUUUCUUUCAGCUUAGAUGUCCGCAUUGGGUUGAUAUUGCUGUACAGUCUUUUUCCUGCUGCUGUUAAUCCAGUCAUAUACUGUUUUAAGACUCACGACAUUAAACACAUGCUGAUGAAGAAGCUGAAGAAAACUAAAAUUGGAUUACAGAUAAAGCUUUCCCUUUAAUAUGUUACUCUGAGAAGUGAGUCAAUACGUCAAAAGCAGGAUAUAUCUUUCUUGGACACUUUUAUGAAAGUAAAGACUACCUGAUUUUCACAAUGUUAUUUUAUUUGCAUAUAUUUUGUACAUAAUUAUAGGAAACUAUACUGAAAAAUGUCACUUCUCUUGUAAGGGUUAAUGUUCAAAAUCUGUAAAAGUAUGAAAGUAUGCCAUUUACCCACAUUAUUAAACAUCAAUGAAAUUAAUCAAAUGAAUCAAAUGUUGCUGUUACUGUAUAUACUGUAUCAGGGUGGCUUUUGUUGAUGCUGUUUUUGUGAACCUGUGACUACAAUUACACAUUUGCAUGUAGCCACCACACAUUUUUUUAACUUAACUUGUGUUUGUUUUGUUUUUCAAGUCAAGCUUUCAUUACUAUU